AUGGCAAACAAUCGUCAAUACCGGCGCCAGUCGCGGAGACAAGUGCUGGAAGAGGAAGCAGGCGUGGAAGGACCGAAAGUUGGCGAGAAAGACGUCACACUACUCAUACAAAUGUCGAAUCUUCAGUGUCGUUACAAAUGGCGAACGAUCAAGGAUUUUCACGUGGCCGAUCACGCAGACGAGGAAAUGCUAGAAGACGGAGCAGGCAUGGAGGAAUCGAAAAUCGGCAGGGAAGGCCUCACACUCAUACAAAAACAAAGCACAGCUCCUGUGGAACAGGGACCUAUCAAUCAGGAAUCGAUGACUGAAGAAAGCGAUAUUCCCGGAUACGCGUAUGAUCCCCAAACUGGACGAUACUUUCGAGUGCAGCCAGAAAUUAGUGGUCCGGUAAACUUUUCCUCAAAUUUCUUAUCGUUGAGAUUUUUAGUUAUUGCUUUUAGUACUAGGAAAAGUUGUAGCAAAUGUCUGGAAUACCUCGAGUAG